AUGGUCGUCGACUCCAACUACGCCGUCAAGCUCAACGACUACGACUUCCCUUCGGCGCACGGCUGCAUCCUGUCCUGCGCCUUCACCACCGGCUACGGCGCCGCCUGGCUCGAAGGCCGCGUCCGGCCAGGAGACACCGUCGCCGUCUAUGGCACCGGCUCUGUUGGUCUCUCGUCUGUGAUAGCAGCGAAGGAUCUUGGAGCGAAGAAGAUCAUCGGGAUAGAUAAGAACGAGCGGAAGAGACAAGUGGCACUGUCUUUAGGGGCGACCGAUUUCAUCAACUCCGAGGGGUUGGGUACGAUGACUGUCUCCGACAAAGUGAUGGAGCUGACCGGCGGCAAGGGUGCGGAUUGCUGCAUCGAAGCUUCCGGCUCCGACGCCCUAAUGAACGAAGCCGUGAAAUCUGCUCUCCCGGGCAAAGCCGAAACAGUAAUUUGUGGAGCAGGAAUCUUCCCCGACGACAAGCUGAAGUUGGAUUUCUCGAAGUUCCUGUUCGGAAACAAGAUGACCGGGUGCAUAUAUGGCAGGGUCAAAAUCAAGUCCGACCUCCCCUUUGUGUUGGAGAAGGCCAAACAACCGGAUAUUAAGGCCGGGAUCAACAGGAUUCUGGCGUACGACGAGAAGACCAAGGAGUGCGGGUACCAAGUGGACAUCCGAAACGGCAGUGAAGCCAUAUACACAAUGCUGGAGAAGUAUCUGGAAGAUCCAGAAGCCAUCAAAAUCAUCAUCAAGCUCAACGAUGAAGAUGAACCCAGGAAGUGA